CCGAGCUUAAGCGACUUACGUCCCCAAAGUGGUCUACACCAAUCCACAAGCACAGAAUUCGCCAGCCAAUUGCCCAGUGCACAGUCUUGAGUGCUAUCGGCAGAUGCCUGUACAAGCUCCGGCCACUACCUUGAUAAGCUCCGGAACCAGGCACAUGCCUCGACUUCACCCAUACCUGUCCUCGUGAGCAAGCUUGACAACACGCUCCAUGGCCCAUCCACCAACACCAAGUAUUCCUUCUCCAUGCUUCAUAUAAAAUCAUUUUAGCUUGGAUUUGCUCUUGGCUCUGAAUCUCCACGACCUCCCCGUCAAUCGCUCUUCCUCGCUGUCUCGAGUAACGCAACGACACAGCUCCCCUCCAUCCAAAAACACCACCAUGUCUUUUUUCGAUCGCAUAGCAAGCCCCCAUCGCAACUCGCCGGGUCUACCUUUCCACAAACCUCCGAUCCGAUCACCUAGCGAAUAUCAGCUCAACGAACUAGAUCCUCGACCUGACGAUGUCUUAUCGGCCGAUGGGGACCUGCCUAGAGCUUGGCUGGCCGACUAUGAGGAAUCAGCGACGUCUCGUGGGCAAUCCCCAAGCACAUGGCGGGACAAGGGCAGUCCAGCCCAGUCAUACUCCAAGAUGAAGCCGAGGGCAAUGUUUGCUGGUCCACCGCCGCCGAUAACUGCGUCGAUGAUGCUCAGCAAGGACUCGGCCCGGGCAAACUCUGUUGGCCCUUCAGGUCGCAGCAAACAUACUCCCUACAGUCUUCUUGGUGGAAGCCCUACCGAAGCAAAUAGCGUACUGUUCGAUCAUAGACGUGAAGCCGGUGCGCACAACACAGACUCCAUCUGGCGAGGCCUGCGGAGGCAAGAGAAGGCUCUGGAGCAAGACGUCCAGCGAUUGCUUGAUCAACAGGCCGCCGCGUUGGCAGCUGGAUCUGGCAAUGAGAAUGAUGCCUCCAGCACAGGCAGCAGCACACCAACUGGCACCUUUUACUCUACAAAAAGCUCCAAAUCGAGAAUGACUAGCUCCCUCUACGUACCACCUCGGGCAACCCGCGACGGCAACGUGGUUCCAAUCCGGCAGCCAGCGAACGAUAAGCCCCCUGGGUUGAAAUCUACACGGGACGAUCUCCGGAAAUUGAUUGCCUCCAUGACGAAGCUCAAACGAGACGAAAAUGCCCACAUAGAAGACGCCAUGGCCCAACGAGAAGACGCUCUCAACUACCUGGACGGGCUAGGUACCAGGAAAUCUGAUAUUCAAGCAGAGCUGCGCGAUCUGGAGGAAAACGGCGACGAACCGCUGGCGAAAGAGCUGCGAGAGCUAGGUACACAGCAUGGUGCCCUGAGCGAAGAAAUCCGACAGCUUGAGGAGAGAUUAGCCGCUAUGCGCUUCCAGUGCCGUACAUUGGAAGAGCGAAUGGACGACAUUAAGAACAAAAGAGAAGCAGGGCUUAGUGGAUAUCACGGCGCAUUAAGAGACGUGACAAACGAAGUCAAGGCAUUUGUACAGCAUCCACCAAUUCUACCACUUGACCCGGAUCUCCUAAACCACGGCGGCGAGGUUGAGGGAGAUCCAGCAGCUUUAGGGGGAGUUGAGUUUAUGCGACUCAUCCCUGAGCGGCGGACACUAGAAAUGGCAAAAUCGUGGUGGGAAGCAGAGAUGUCAGUAUUGGAGCGCUGCAAAGAGCGGAUCGAUACAGAUCGGCUCGCAUUGGAAGAGGGGGGCCAAGUUUGGGACAAGGUUACGCAGCUGGUAUCUACAUACGAAGCAGAUUUACGACAAGCUAUGCAGAAUGGAGCAUCAUCCCCUUCAGACUCGACCUCAAAAGGCAAAGAAAAAGUGUCAUCUCUGGAAGAAAUCAUAUCGUCCCAGCUUUCACGAAUGAAGCAGGUGAUUGAGGAGCUGGAGAGCUACAUGCGGCUGGCGGAAGAAAAGCACUGGAAUCUUUUGAUUUGCGCCAUUGGCGCAGAACUAGAAGCCUUUAAAGAGGGUGCCACUGUCUUUGAAGGCUUGGUCCAUCCUCCUGAGGAGCAUCCCGAGGAGCAUCCCGCCAGCACUCAGGAUGAGCCGAGUGAAGCAAAGCCAGAGCCAGAAGAUCGACCUACGCAACAAAAUAGCCACUCAGCUGAUGAAGAGAGCGACAAUGAGGUGCCCCCAGACCUACUCGGCGGGGAACAGGACAGAGAUGAUGAGCAUGCUCAUGCGGUCAACACUGAUGGCGCGCCGCUGCGUAGGUACGACAGUGAGAACGAAGUGCCGCCGGAGUUUCUGGCAGAGCACGCAUAGGGUGUGGCAAUCCCUGUCUUUUCUCUCGGCUCUCUGGCCAGUUCAAACGACACUCUCGAUUGACGGCGUCUCUUGCUGGUGUGUCUUUAUUCGGUGGUGGUUCUUCAGACGAUUGGAGUUAUACCCUGGACUACUACGUAUUUUGUGAUUAUCCUAUUAUGAUUUUCUUUUAGCGUGUAAAGUAGCCUUGGAACGUUAGAUUCUAGAGAAUGAAAUUAAUGAUUAAGCGAUGAG